CUCAGUUUAUUUUCUUACUUUCAUACCUUUCUAAUUGAUUAAUUAUGAACCUAAGCAAUUAAUGCGUAUAUGUUAAUAAGGCACACUUGGAUUUACAUAGCUGGAUUUGUAAGUGCAGUGUCUGUCAACAUGUCUGCGCACUCAGUAAUACGUCUUUUGUCUGCUCUGGUUUUACUUUCAUACGCCUACGGCGCCAUUUCUGAGUCCAAACUAUGCGAGCACCUUCUCCAAAUGGAGUGCACGGGGAAGGCUGAUAUCUCGGUCUGUGGUUCUGACGGACAACUCUACCAAAACAGCUGUUUUUUCGGUCAAGCUGUCUGCAAAGGACUGGAUAAAACGUUAAGACCAGUGGCCAGUGAAAAUUGCCCAUCGUGAAAUCCUACGUAAAAUAUCUGAAACAAGAAAAUAUUGUUUUGUUAACCAAGAAUAUGAAUCAAUAAACAAAUACACAAUUUCUA